UCGCGGGAUUGAAUACUACCUACUAGAUAGCAAAAUCUCAGCCUUCUCCGCCUCACAAGCCAGGUCGCCUCACUGGAUUGGAACUUCUUGACCUUGAGAAAUAGUCCGAGUCCUUUGAGAACUCCCACGUUACGAAACCUUACUUACUCUUCCCAUCCAUAUCGGCGCUUGAUUAACUGUUCUCUUUACUUCUCCAUAAAAAAGAAAAGUGCACCCUUUGUAGUUAUGAAUCAAGUUCCUGUCAAAAAUAUACCAUUGUUUUAAUUGGAUUUUGUUCUUUAGCGGAAAGAGAUUCUCAACUCUAUAUGUGAGUUUUGACUACCUAUCAUUGACUUUGAUAUUCACAAUAUAUCUCUACGUUUUUGAUACCUUUGCUCAUACAGCAUUAUUCGGACUUGAUGGUGCAUGCAUGCCAUGUAUAAUCAAUACUUGUACAUUUACUAAUGUCUCCAGUAUAGCAUCCAGUUCUUCUUUUCUAGGAUACAAGAAUAGCGAUGCCAUCGGAAUCAGGGAAUCAAUCAUGGCAUCCAGCAUUUAUGCCAAAUGCCACCGCAGAUAUAAUUACCACGAAACCUUCCCCAAUACCGAUCGCAGAUGUGGAACCGGCCAGUGACCAUGAGCUUUCGAACCCUCUGUCAGCCACUAGGGAAGAGCCAACAGUUGGACAUAAUACAACAUUCAAUGAGGGAAGGGAUUUAGAUGUAGAAGAGGAUGGACUGGGAGACGACAAUACAGAACAUCCUGAAUUAUCCGAUCUGCGAAAUGCGCUCACUUCAUCAUUGGAAAGUCCGGGAGGUGUAGAAAUGGAUGAAAGUCCAUCGCAUGAAGGAAUAGAAACACCCGUCGCUCAGGAAGAUAAAGCAGAUUUUCCAACAACCGGGCCUUCGAACGAUAGUAAGCACAUUAGCACGGAUUCCUUUGCGAGAACAUCGCAUGAAGUAAGUUGGGGUGAGGAUGAUGAGGUAGACUCGGAGUGGAAUCUAUCGCGCACAAAUACAGACCCUUUCAAGAUGAUGCCCAAAUCCGAUCGAACGAACUCUUUCCCCGUGGUACCUCCUUCUCACGAGCAAGAAACUUUACACACUAUACCGCAUUCUCAAGCUGAGGAUAUUAUGAAUGAGAUGGAACAGUCACCACGUAAUGGGUCCUUCGAUGAGGCGCAUGAUGGUGAACGAGAUUUCUCUACGCAACACAAUCUGGGUGACGCUUUUGAUAAAAUUCCGCAUGAUGUUCAGGAAACACAAGCUGGAUCGGAAUCUGGAGAUUCACCGGAUUAUGGUCAAUCUUAUGGAGGAGAUGUCAAGCAAGAAGAAGAUGAGGAGUCUCGCGCACGAUUUGAGGAAGGAAUUCCUCUAGUUCAGUCUACUGAUCAAGCGCAAACUGGCACAGAUCACUCCAUCCUUCCAAAUAAUGAACAUAAUCCUGGAGAAGAGAACGACUUUUUUGCUCAAGUUGGUAUAUCAGCUCCUCAGGAAUUAGAUGUAGGUCAAGCUUCACUGGAAAGAAAAUCAACUAUGCAAGUCAUGGAUUCACUACAGUUCCAACAAGGCGACCGAACGAUAGAGGCGACGCCAGAGCUUUCAGAAAGUCAGGAUGAUUCCCCGGACCCAGUUAGGGAUAAUGUGAAUAUCCCGAAAAAUGCACUCGAUGAUGUAUUCGACGGCCCUGAUUCCGAGUUUCCGGCAAAUUUAGGCGAGGGGACUGAGGAGGCGACUGGCAAGGCUAGCAGUGAGGAUUUAGCCGCGAAAUGGCAAGCAGCAUUGGACGACGAGUUUCUAGACGAUGACGACGAGCUCUUACCAGAUGAUGACGAGGAAACUGAAAAUAAGGCUGUCGAUCCAGCCGCCUUUUUCGGGAGCGAUGAUGAAGGAUUUUUAGAUGACACUAAUGAUGCCACUAAUUCGGACAUCAAUGGCUCUAUUGGUCACGUGGCUGGAUUCGAUGCUCCUGAAGCAAAACCAAGAAGUACGAGCAAUCGAUAUAUUCCGGCAGGGGCAGCUCCGACAGUUCAACCGCAGACUAACAAUUCUUUUGCUCCAGCGGCACCUUUCUUGACUGAUCUUUCCAGAUCAAACACGACUCCGGAAACUUCUUUGCCAUUCAACCCUGCAGUCGCCAUGGGAAAUUACCCAGUCCAACAGCAGCAACGUCCAGAAUUACCUAAAGCUCAAAGUUUUGCCGAUAAAGCGAAAGGAGGAUAUGCAUCUCCUUAUGAUUUGCCAAUGGAGGUUGUAAAACCUCGUAAACGUGUAAGCACGAAUCAAAUGAAUCGUGGAUAUAACGCAUCAGCUCCGCCCAGAGCCAGCAGUAUGAAUAUUCCACCACCAAGUGCAUAUCCUCCUCAGCAACAACAGAAACCUGCGGUGAACAUUUCCCCAGUUGUAUCAAAUACUCAGAAACCAAAAUCCGGUGCAGAUAGUGGUUUCUUCGAGGAUCUCCCUAUCCUUUCCAGACCCAAAGUCGCUCCUAGACAUCAAACCACUCCUGCUCCCGCAUCGUCGCUGUAUAUCCCGACUGUGACUACCGGACCUCAACAAAACUAUGCACCAAUUUCUGGCCAACCAUAUUCGGCCCCAAUUCAUCAAGAAGCCACUAUGCGAGAAACCCCCUCCCUGCAGCCACCAAUGCAAUCCCCACCAAUGGUGCAAGGCUUGGUCUCCCCUGAGCGUGUGAAUCCUUAUGCUCCUAUUCCAUCUGCAGGCCAACAGUUGCCAACCACUGUACCUUCUGUAACAUCACGUUAUUCUCCAGCGCCACCACCACUACAUCAUUCAGCUAGUGCUCCAGCUCCUGUCACACUAUCCCGAUACUCCCCUGCUCCUUCUCAACCACGCUCGCAUUACGCUCCACAAUCUUCAGCGCAUCUUCAAUCACCUCCACAAUCAAUAUUGCCACAUUUGCCUCGGACUUCGAGUCCCUUGGCUCAUUUUGAGAGGAGUCAAGAUGGUCGUGGGCAUGGUGCUGGUGGAGAGAUACCAAAUUACGAACGCCGUAGUUCAUCAGGGUACGAGCCAAGUCUGAGAGCACAUCCACUUCCGCCAACGAGAGAAGUUGAUGAAAAUGAUGGUAGCGUGCCACAUACCCCAGUUUUUAGUGAACAUCCGAAGUCGUUUAGUUCAUCCGCGCAGGGAAUAAAUUCUGUUUCUCAGACUUCUCCUAGUUCAAGUAUUGCUGCUCGUAUGGGGAGAUCACCACCUAAACGAGCAGGGUCGACACUAUACACGUCACUACACCCUUCCAAUACUCUUAGUCCAGCUCAAAUUCAUGGCUUCGUUCCACCACCAAGAUCUCAUACACAAUCUCCUGGUAGAGCUUUCGGUGGCUCUCGACUUGAAAUGAGUAUUCCUGAGCCAUUGCAAAGGCCUGCUUCUAUUGAAGCUCUAUCUUCUAGGAAUGCAGCUGCCUUUACACCUAGCCAACCGAUGUUUCAUGCUCCUAAACGUUUGAGGGCGCCUUCCUUGACCAAUUAUGUCGCUCCUACAGAUGGACGGGAACAUGAUUCUUUACAAAGAUGGAAGGGUUGUCCUGUUUUUACUUGGGGUGUCGGAGGUACCAUGAUUACAUCUUUCCCCGUAGAUGUACCGAGGUAUGGUAUGACUUCAACAACACCUAUGGUUGUUAGAAGUCCUGGAGAAGUAAAGGUUCGCAAUGUCAAGGAUCUUGAUCCACUAGAAAGCAGAUUGACGAGCUUCCCUGGACCAUUAAAGGGCAAGGCAAAGAAAAAGGAAGUUCUUAGUUGGUUGGCCUCCGGUAUUGAGAUCUUGGAACAAAGUGCAUCUUAUUUGAGGUCCAUCCGAGUUUUGUCUCACGAUGACAAACGUACUGAAGAACGCUUACUGUUAUGGAAGAUCUUGCAUGUCUUUAUCGAGAAUGAUGGAAUUCUAGAAGGAAAUCCUAGUGUCGAAAAAGCUGUUAGGGCUGUCCUUUCCCCAGGUAUCGAUGAUGAGGUUGGACAAGAAUCACCUUUAUAUGCAACUGGAGCGGACCUUACGGGAAUCUCAUCAUCAUCAACAACACUAACACGGGCUGAUCCUGUCGAUCCUGCUGCUGUAGAUCAAAUCAGAAAGCAUCUAUUAAGGGGCGAACGAGAGAAAGCUGUGUGGGAAGCUGUUGAUAAACGACUCUGGGCACAUGCAAUGUUGAUCUCAAACACAGUAUCGAAAGAGCUUUAUAAGCAAGUUGCCCAAGAAUUCGUACAAAAAGAAGUCAAGAAUGUCGGUGAUAACACUGAACCUCUUGCCGCCUUGUACGAGAUAUUUGCUGGUAAUUUCGAAGAGAGUAUAGAUGAGCUUGUACCUCCAUCUGCUCGUGCUGGUUUCCAAAUGGUCAGCACAUCUACAUCAUUAAGUCCUUCGAAAGAUGCACUUGAAGGUCUUGAUAGAUGGCGUGAGACUCUUGGUCUUGUUCUCAGUAACCGAAGUACAGAUGAUACUAAGGCUUUGGCUGCUUUGGGAAAGCUUCUUUCCGGUUAUGGUAGAGCUGAAGCUGCACAUAUUUGUUACUUGUUCGCAAGGAAUUCAUCUGUAUUUGGUGGUAUUGAUGAUCCAAGUACAAACAUGGUUCUCAUCGGUUCUGAUCAUUUGAGGCAGCCUUUUGAUUUCGAUAGGGAAUUGGAACCAGUACUUUUGAGUGAAGUAUACGAAUAUGGUUUAUCGCUGUCAAAUGUUUCCAGUAUCGUAACAUCUAAUCCACAUUUGGCGGUUUACAAGUUACACCACGCUGCAGUUCUGGCGGAGUAUGGGCAUCGACAGAAGGCUUUAGAAUACUGUGAGAGUAUUGCUUCGACCAUUACUUCUCAAACAAGACGAUCACCAUAUCAUCAUGCUCAAUUAGUUUCAUCACUUGAUGACCUUAGCAAGAGAUUGAAAUCAUCACCAAAAGAUGAAAAUGGUUCCUGGAUUUCAAAACCUAGCAUUGAUAAAGUAUCCGGUUCUGUAUGGGCAACGUUCAAUAAGUUUGUUGCUGGUGAUGAACAAGAUACUACUGAUGCUAUGUCAAAUGCUGAGAGUUCCGCUGAUGUUGGUCCAUUCGCACGCAUUGCUGGUGGCACUCCAACUAUAAGUCGAUCACCAUCUGUUGCUGAUAUCUAUGGUAGCUCUUACAAUGGAGGAGGAGCUUUGGGUAUUAAUGGAAUUUUAUCACCAGCUCCACAAACGAAAGCUUCUUCAAGAUACGCUCCAGGUUCUACAUAUACUCCCCAAGGUUCAUAUGAACCACCAAGCUCUUCACAUGGUUCUCAACCCCGAGCUUCAUUUGAAGGGGGUAGAACAUCAGGCGAGUUCCGUCGCAAUCUACAUGAACCACAAAGACAAAUGUCUUCAGAAAUUCGGCCAAUCUCACAACAAUACAAUCAAGCUUCCAGCUUCACACCUCAAAGUGCUGGCUACAGUCCAUAUACUAGAAGUGAUUCUCCUUAUACACCACAAACUAGUUCAAUGGAAACUCCGUCAGCUCCUUUCGAGUUACCUCAGCCUAUAAGUUAUGAUGGACAACAAACAUUUCAACCACAUAUGGCAAACCACGAAUCACCUGGUAGUGGAUACGAAACACCAACUGGAAAUUCUUAUGAGCCACCUUCAUCAAACACAGGAUAUGAACCACCGUCAUAUGAACCUAAUUCUAUGGAACAACCCGAUUCACCUAUAAGCACAAAGCCAAAGAGCUUUAUGGGUGAUGACGAUGAUGAUAUACCUGCAUUAAAGGCACGUACAGAGACUACACGGGAAAAGACCAAAGCGGAAAAAGAUCGGGAAGCUGAUGAAGCUUUCCGAAAAGCUGCUGAAGCUGAUGGUGAGAAUAUCCUCGAUUCUAUUCUUCACAAUAAUGCUAAUUCCUUUCUAGCCGCGAAAGAUAAAAAACCCGCUCCUCAAAAGAAAGGUUGGGGUCUUGGUUGGUUUGGAGGGGGUAAAAAAGAAGCUUCUACCACCGAGUCGACACAGGAGAAGAAAGCGAUUAGAGCUAAGCUAGGUGAAGAAAGUAGUUUCGUUUAUGAUCCUGACCUUAAGCGGUGGAUCAACAAAAAAGCAGGUGCAGAAAAUAUACCUUCUCCAUCAGCAACUCCACCACCACCAAGAGCUACAGGUCCACCUAGAUCAUCUAGCGGUACCGUAAUCUCAAGCGCAGCAGGUAACCUAAGUAUGCCUCCCCGAUCCGUAAGCUCCGCAAGUGCACCGCCUCAAAGAGCACUUAGCGGAUCUAGCGAUAGCGGGGUGACGGUUGAUGGAUUAGUUAAACCACCCGUGGGACCUGCAAUGGCUAGGACACAGAGUAAUGGAAGCGCAAUGGGUGGUAAUUUGAGUGGAUUAACUAGUACAGGGAGUGCUCCGCCCAGUAGACCAAAUACUAGUAUGAGUAAUGCGUCGAGUAUUGAUGAUUUAUUGGGUCCUCCUAGUGCGGGAGGUAGAAAGGGAACGGCCAAGAAGGGAAGGAAGGGUAGGGGGUAUAUUGAUGUUAUGGGUGAUAAAGCGGGCGGAAGUAGUGGGUGAUAAGGCGGGUGGAAGUAGUGGGAGUUUGGGUUAGUGGUGUGAGGUGUGAGGUAUGAGGUAUGAGGUGCGUGGUGAAUGGAUUGGUGUGAGAGGUGAGGGCGGAGGGAUGGAGGGUGUAUUAUAAAUGCUUAUUGGCUAAGAGAAACGCGAAGAUGGGAAUAAACGAAUUGUAAUUUUUGUAUGAAAGUAUGAAAGUAGUGUUAUGAUAUAUGAUAGACUGAUUGCUGGAGACGCACUACUAGAAAGGAUGAAUGUGAAUAAAGGGAUAGAUGGGUUGAAUGAUUGAUUAAUCGAUCAGCGAUGGGGAUUAAGUACUUGUUAAGUUCAGAUGGAUUAAUAUAACGGUUCCUGGGAAUGAUUAUU